AUGUUUCUUCUUUUUGUCUUACUAAUUCUUAGCUCCACCUUGAAUGCGUCGGAAAUUAGCGAGCUGUGUUCCUAUAUUCGUAAUGUCAACGGUGCAAUACAACAUGCACAAAAUUUUUGUAAGGCAUCGGAGGACUGCGAAACAAUGAGCGCGUUUUUCUUGGAUAUAAUGGAACAAAUGUCCCGGAGGGCACUUGAAUAUCAAUGCACACAUUUUUAG